AUGGCCUCUCCGUCCGAGGCUCCUGCAUUCCUCGCGCUACUUCGGCAAGAAAGAGGCGCUGAAGAGGCUCUUCGCGAUGAUGAUCUCUUUACGAAUGAACUUGUAUGGAGAGCGAUGUAUGCAAGACUCCUGGAACGCGGUUAUGCGUUGAGACCUCGUUACUUGCCAGAAUCGUCUCUUGCCUCGUCUGGGGAAAACGUUGUGGACGAGGAAAGGAGGAUACCCCUUCCGCCCAGACAUAAUGUCAUCGAUGCGACGAGGUUAUCGGACGGCGAGAUGGUGUAUAUCAAACGGAUACGCACCAGCAGCGACGAAGGCGCGAUCUUCCAGUUUCUGAAUGGGGAUGGCGUCAGGAACGAGCCUUUCAAUCACGCUGCACCUCUUUGGGACUAUUUCCCGGACGACAUUAAUCCCGACGCUUCUUGCAUGGUCAUGCCAUUCCUUCGCGAAUUUGACGAUCCUCCAUUCGAGAGGGUGGACGAUUGCAUGAGGUUCAUACUGCAGGUAUUAGAGGGUUUGGUACAUAUGCAUCAACACCACAUUGCGCAUCGUGACAUAUCGGCUAAGAACGUGCUCAUGAAUGCAAGAGAGAUGUAUCCCGUUGGACAUCACCCCGUGCGGCAGGAUCGAUUGCCGGAUGGAGUCAGCGGUAAAGCACCCCGACUAGCGAGGUGGAAAGUCAACGUCGAUUAUCACUAUAUCGACUUCGGCCUCUCAACCCAUUUCGAUCCCAAUACCACAUCAGACGAUCGGAAGGUGCUAAAUAUCGGGGGUCGUACUCGUGCGCCAGAGCAGUCCCGGACGAUACCAUUCGAUCCUUUCAAAGCAGACAUCUACAGCCUAGGGCGCCUUCUCUACAUGUCCAUAUUCAAGGUGUAUAGCAACAUUGACUUCGUCGCGCCUCUCAUCAAGAACAUGACAGCUAAACAGCCUGACAGCCGACCGACGGCAUACGAAGCUCUUGCUCAAUGGCGACAAAUAUCGAGUGCUGUCGGGCCCUUUGCGCGCACUCGGCGACUUCGAGAACGCAAGGCAAUAUUCAUUUACACUCUCAUUGUCAGCAUAUUCGACCUAUUUGAGUCUCUGCUCAUCCUCUUGUUGUAUCGGUCGAGGAUCUCCCGGGAGGAUGUGUGA